GCGCGCACUCUGUCAGCCCCUCGCGCGCGCCCACGCGACUGGCCCCCGCUUUUUCUCCCCUCAAACAGCAAGGAGCAGGGCGCAUGCGCGGCGCUGCUCCCUGAGGAGAAGGGAGGCUGAAGGAGGUCGAGAGAUUGUGAGGGAGAAAGAAAGAAGCGGCGGGAUGGAGCCUCGCUCGACAGACUGACCGAAGGAAGGCCACCUUUCCCUCCUCUGUGGCUUGUGACCCCCCGGGGACCCCUUUCUCCCCCUUCCCUGAGAUAUACUGCACUUGGUCGGGGUUGUCUCCUGGUUGAGAGGCCUUCCAGCAUGUCCCAGCUGUGUCGCCUGGUCGCUUACCUGCAGGAUCCAGAGAAAGUUGCCACUUUCCAGCGGCUCUGCGGCGUGGAAGCACCCCCAAGCUGGGGCCCUGGCUUCUCAGCCCAUACGGAAGAAUCGGAGACCCUGGUGGCCAAUGGAAGCUGUCCCACUGGCCAGGCGGAGGGCGAAGGGGCAGACCGACACCGGUUCCCUGGGGCCUCCAAGGUGGACGAGAAGGGCGAGGGGUGUCACUUGAAUGGCAUGAAGAAUGGGGUGUUGUCUGUGGAAGACUGUGCUGUGGAAUCUCAGCAAGAAAUGAAGAAAGAAAAGCAGCAGGGCUGGGUUUUCAAACGGCAGCCUCGGCGCAACUCUCUCACUGGAGAAUCUGUAUGUCAGGACUUCUCAAUCCACAGCCCCCUUCUUUAUUACCUGUUCAGCCUGGGUACAGAGCUGGGCAAUGAACUUUUCUACAUCCUCUUCUUCCCCUUCUGUAUCUGGAAUCUGGAUGCUUGGCUGGGCAGGAGACUCAUCAUCAUUUGGGUUUGGGUCAUGUACCUGGGCCAGUGUACCAAGGAUGUUAUCCGUUGGCCAAGGCCUGCUUCCCCACCGGUGGUGAAGCUGGAGAUUUUCUACAACUCAGAGUACAGCAUGCCCUCUACUCACGCCAUGUCGGGCACUGCCAUCCCCUUGGCUCUUCUUUUGUUCAGCUAUGGACGGUGGCAGUAUCCUUUGAUGUAUGGACUGAUUCUUGCCAUCGCCUGGUGUUCACUGGUUUGUUGCAGUCGAAUAUAUAUGGGAAUGCAUUCUAUUCUGGAUGUCAUUGCUGGAUUCUUUUAUGCAAUCCUCAUUUUGGCUGUCUUCCUUCCAGCUGUGGACCUAGUUGACAGCUUCAAUUUAACCUGCAAGUACGCGCCACUUAUUAUCAUCAGUCUCCAUCUGGCCUUGGGGAUUUUCUCCUUCACUCUAGACACCUGGAGCACAUCACGAGGGGACACUGCUCAAAUCCUGGGUUGUGGUGCAGGAGUUGCAUGUGGUUCUCAUGUCAAUUACCUGUUGGGUCUAAUGCCAGAUCCUUCCACAGAGAUGCUUCCAAUCAUGACUCCCUCUUUCACUGUAACUAUCUUGGGAAAAGCCAUGCUGCGGUUAUUGAUUGGAGUGGUGCUUCUAUUGCUAAUAAAAACUGGCAUGAAGAAGAUUACCAUCCCACUGGCUUGUAAAAUCUUCCGUAUUCCUAGUGGUGAUAUCCAACAAGCUCGGCAGCGUAUGGAGGUUGAACUGCCUUACCGCUAUUUCACCUACGGAAUGGUCGGAUUCUCACUGAUUUUCUUGAUUCCAUCCCUGUUUCUCGUAAUGGGACUGUCUUGAUGCUGGUAUUUUUUUUUGGUGUGGGAAAAAGAGAAACUGAAUGACUUGAGAGUUAUAGAGGUGUUCUACUGUACUGUCUCUGUUUAAAGUAAUGCCAGGCAGAGAGACUCAAAUCUUUUCUGCCAAGGUAAAGACUUAGCAACGUUAGGUCCCAGAGAAAUGCCAUGUCUAGUCUUGUAACAAAAUGUAUUAUGUGUGUGAGUGUAUAAUGAUGUCUUAGACUAUAAAUGUACCCCCUUUCUCUCAAUUUGAAUAUGUUAAAACAGAUGUUUAUAACUGAUCCAGAAAUUUCCUCUAUGGUCAGUUUAAGCCAUUGCAUAUUAAAUUAUUUGUUUCUUUGGACCAUAAACCACUACAAAGGAAAAGUUUGUUUUCUUUGUACCACUGCACUCCCAAAUGUUUUAUGCAGGAAGGAAGCUAUUCUAUUGGAUCAAAUUUUAAAAGAGAUCUAGCUUAGAAAAAUGGCAUUUUAGAUACUUAGCCAUUUACAGAACAAUUUAAAUUUGUAAAUAUAUACCAGUUACAUCCAGGUACUGUAUUUUUAUUUUUGGCUUGAUAAUUGUGCCUUUUUGUUGCUAAAUUAAAAAGCACCAUAUACUGUGAUGUGUAUAUACAUAUAUAUUAUAUAUAUAAAAGCCCAUGACUAUUUUAAAUUUUUACUGAAUUAGGCUGAUAUUUUAAAAUGUGACUAGUUGCAUAAUUAACAAAGUAAAGAUAUUAUCUUCUGCAUCAAAAAUAUUAAAAGGAAUGAGCUAAAACUUAUAUUGGAGUUCACUAGCUAUGAACGAAAUGCUUAAUUCCAUUUUGUAGAUAUUUUUAAGUGCUGCAUUUGUUGUUGGAAGAUCAUAUAUUUUUCUGCUGAUUUAUCUUAAUUUAUAAUAUAGCUAUGCUAUGUCCAAAAGUAUAAAAGAGGGCUAAAAUUACGAAUCUAGACAUGUAAGUGUAAUACAAGUUAAUUAUUCCCAUAUUUAAACAUAUGCAAAAGUUGCACAGCUAUGAGUUGUGAAUUGUGGUUCCUAGAUUAUCUGUCUGUUUAGUCACAUAUAAACAUCAUUCUAUGAUGUUGUCAAUUUUUCCUCUGAAGACAUACUUUACUGACCAAAGUUGGAUAUAUUGGUGGAUAUUAUAUCUAAGAUAGCACAACUUAAUGUACCUUGUGGGUGACAUGCUGGUUGGAAAAAAAACAGUGAGAGGUGGGGCUAAGCAUUGGUUUUUUGGUGAUAUAUGAGCUUGACCUUCUGGGAAUUAGCCUGAAAUAAAUACUCUGAACUGUAAGAAGCAAGACCAUAGAAGUAAGAGCAUAUUCACUCACUAUUUACUCUCAUGUAGACUUUGUCUACAUGAGAGCAAAUAAUGGAAAUAAAUAACUGUACCAUUUCUACGCAGAGCAGAAGCAGAAUUUCAGUACCAACCCCUAUCUUCAACAUGUAUACAUUCACCUAGUUAUCUGUACCAAAGGUUAUGUUUUGGGCUACACUUCCAGAAUACAGCCACAUGGCUGCCCACUUUUUCUAACUCUUAUCUCUGUGGUUCCUAAAUUCAUUCAAACUGAUUACCAGAGAACGAUCCCCCAAAAGUGCCAUCUACAGCUAGUCAAAAAUAAAUAUAUGUGUACAAUUUAUAGAUAUGCAGGGGUAUAUAAAUGGCUAAAUGGACAUUCAGUAGUCAGUACUCUGAGGUCUCAUUCUCAUUUUACAGAUGUUUUCUGUACAGCCAGUUAUGUAGACAAAGCCUUCAUUGAACUAAAAAAAAUGGCAGUAUUGAUUUAUCUUGUGUCUGUGGAAACCUCAAGGCAGUAGUGUGAAUCACAUGGCCCUUUGUAUGUUGUUGGAUUGCAACUCUCAGCAUUGCACUCAAUUGGCUUUGCUGUCUAGGCCUUGCAGUUUACCAACAUCACUACACAAUGUUCCUACCUGCCUUUCAGCCUAAAUCCAAUUGUUUUUUCCCACUUGGAGAAAACCUUUUGAAUCAUUAGCAUAUAAAUAUUAAUUUGCCAACUUUCCAGUGAUUCAAAGGGUGUGCUAUUCUAAUUAGAAGUAACAGUUUGGUUUAGGCUUCAAAUUUUUGCAACAGUGCACUUUUUAUCUUGGUGGUAUAAAUUCGCUGUUUCCAGAACAAGUUUGAAUACUGAAUAUUUUCUAGGACUUUCAUUUCUUCUUGGCUAUGCGAUUUUUGAAACUGAUUUAAUACAAGCUGUAUGGCCCACAUCUAUUAAAUCCAAUAGAUAAUGUGUUUUUAAUGCACUGGCAUAUGGUGUUCUAUUCAAGUUUUUCAGGAGUUCCUAAUAUGAUAUUUUUACCCUAAAAUAAAACUCAUAUUACAUGUCAGCUUCAUUGGUCCAUUGAGGAGAAAAGCUCAAAUCACGUUAUAUUAUUAUUAUUAGGACAACUGGGUGUCAUAAUGUUGUUGGGGUGGGGGUUGAAAUAUUGUAAAAUUCUUCAUUAGACUGGAGGUUAAAAAAAGCAGAGGGCAACAGCUUGGCAUAGCAAAGUCUGUGGCUUUUAAAAGUAUUCAGCGGACAGGAUGAGUUAUGCAGCAAUGAUUGGAUUAACCUCAUUGAACAGAUUGCAAGGUGCACCUUGGGAUACUGAGACAAGGAAGAACAUAUUCAGCAAGUCACUGUGUGCUCAUGCUUGCUUUCUCAGAAAUAAUCUUCACAGUACGACUGGGACUGUAGCAUAAACAAUCCAAAGAACAAAAGUACUCAUAUUUCUUGAGCAAAUUACAUUUUAGCAGCAUUAAAAGAUUGAAUUAGUCAUUUACAAAUGGUCAGUGGUUGGGAUGCAAGUUAGAUUCAGGUUAAAUUCCCGUGGAUUUCCCCCCAUUUUGAGUAGCAGGCACUGAACCAUGCCAAAGUGCUUUUGUAUGUUCCUUCAGUUUCAAAAAAACUAUAUCAUGGGGUUUUGAAGCGUUCAAACAAGGAAACAUCAAUGUCUUAAGUUCAUGGAAAUAGUUUCAUUAAAGCAUGUCAUCACAACCACCAAUUGCAAAUAUCGGGAAAUAAUUGAAGGGUUACUACAAUCAGAAAUAGGAAGUGUCUUUUGUAAACAGCUUAUCAUACGAUGAAGCAACAUCAGUUUAUAAUGACAGAAAAUAUGCAAUUUCAAGUUCCCUUUGACAAUAGAAUGUGCAUAAAAUUGGAUGCUUUCUAUUCCUUCUCAGAUUAAAUUCAUCUUCAAAAAGACCACAAAUCACCCAUGCCUUAUUAGAUAUUUGGACAAAAAAGUAGAAUUACUAGAUUUCAUCUUUGGGGUCCACGGGUCAACAGUGAUUCAGAAAGCGAUUGAUAAUUACAUUAUUCUGUGCUUAAAUUCAACCGUUCUUGGAAAGCAAUUGGGUUGCAGAUAUAUUUUUCUUGCAUCCUUGUAUAGUAACUGUAUUUAAUCUUAAAGGAAAGCACAGGAAUAAGAUAAAAUAAUAAUUUUAAUUUCUGGUUCUGGUUUCCAUUGAAUGGCUUGACUAUUCUAACAAAGAAUGUUGAUAUAAAUAGUUGAAAGGGCUAAACAGAGAAUGACUUUUUGAAAGUAAAUAACUUCCAAAACUAUGACUUUUUCCCCAUGUUGUUUCAAGUAGCACUAUUAUAAUCAUUAAUGCAGAAAGAAACUGUUUCACUGAAAGAACUGGUUUUAUUGGUUGGAUAUUAAUAUGUAAAUGAUGGUGUCCAAAGUUUUAAAAGCAUGCACUGUAGCAUAUUCUACUGUUACUCUGUAUUAUUUUUUACACUGCCUGUAAGUCUUUCAAAAUGAAAUAUCCCAUCCACAUUUUAAGUUUGGUCUGUAUUAUUUUGCUUUAAACUGGUACUUGGAAGUCUUAAUCAUAGAUCUCCAAUCAUUUAUAUGAUUUGAAAAUAAAAUGAAAUAUUUGAGUGUGUAA